ACAACGCGAUUGGCUGCACGCAUGCAGUAUAUGCGUGCGCCGACCGGUAGUUCUGCUCUCUUCAGCACCGCUGAUGGUGAUUGACAGAAAUACAGCGGACUGUGUCAAAGUUGAUUCUGUCUUCCAAACCAUCUCACAGUCUAGUGCCAUGUCCACCCCGAGGAGCCCUGGCGGUGGUGGGGCCGGUGCUCCCUGUCAGCCCUCCUCGUCGGACGAGAGCAGCGGCUACAUGGAUCCAGAUGCAGACCCUGCACUCCUGUUCUCGGUGACAAGGUCCUCCCUGCUGACUCGACGUCUCCUGCGUUUACGGACCUGCAGUAGCCAUGUAAGCCCCGUGACACGCCGCAAGAGGGAGAUGAUCCCCGCCGACAAGAAAGAUUCCAUCUACUGGGAUAAGCGGCGCAAGAACAACGAGGCAGCAAAGCGGUCCAGGGAGAAGAGGAGGCUGAACGACCUGAUGAUGGAGGGUCAGCUGCUGGCUCUGAGUGAGGAGAACGCACAGCUGCGGGCUCAUGUGCUUAGCCUACAGUAUCACACCAGCCUGAGUCUAGAAAAGAGCAAAGUUGCCUCAUCUGGGGCAGCAUCCACUCCAUCUGUUGCUGCUUCUUCCAUGCCCCUGUCACCUAGACCUGCUCAUGCCCCUGCGCUCUUCCAGGCAGGACAUUGGGGGAACAGCAGGAUCGCCCCAGCCUCCCUCCUGGGUGUGAGGCAUCAAGAAAACAGCCUCUUUGAGUCAAAGAUCAAUUGUUUUAGCCCGAAUAAAAGUUUUCACCCACUAAGUCCGCACAACUGUGGCACGCAACAAGGCAUCCUCCCUCUUUCCAGGCCCCGUGUCCUCUCUCCCCGAGCAGCUCUGGAGGGCGGGAGGUCAGCGGAGGCAGAGAUGGAUGCCCAGCGUCAGGUCUCCUCCAGCGACGACAUCCCCAACUCCACCGACGAGUUCUCCCAUCCCGCCCCUUCUAUCCGAGCAGUUCUAUCCACACCUGACACGCUCCACCAUGCCUCCGCCCUGUCAUACACACCUCAGAAUUGGCUGGUGCCUCACCUGAGUCACUCGGCAGUGUGUAAUAAUCUUCUGCUGCCUUGGCGGUCCUCCUACUUGCCACCACCGGCCGUCUAUCCCGGCCUCCCUCUAUACAUCCAGGAGAGACAGGGCCAGGGUCUCGGAGCGGAGGCAGGCAUUCAGAGGAGCCUCAUGAGCCGGCUCAGCGGUGCUCCAGCUGGGCUGUCUCAACUCGGGAUGCACUUCAGUCCUGAUGGACGCUAACGGUCACUCACUGUCUCACUGUCAAGGCGCUGAUUACAACAAGAGGGGGAAAAAAAGAAAAAGGAAAAAAAAACAAAGCUGUAUUUUUGAUAUUGCAAGUCUGCAUGUUUUUUAAUUGUUAAUUAACACAUACGAAGCUUUAUAAUUUGAUAACACAAGCCUGAAUGAAACGCAAAGGCCUAUCAGUUAUUUUAUGUCACUUUCUAUGUCAAAGACAAAAAAUGGGUUGCUCUGAGAACGGUAUUUAACGGUAGGCUGUAUGUAAGUCGAAAUAGAGAAUGCACAUGCUACACUGUGGAUUUACUGUGUGACUUUCUGUGGUAUCAGAUGUGUUUGUCAGAAUGAAACCGGUUAUAUUGUACGCGCGGACCAGUACCGCCCGAGAUCCGCUUAACGACAGGACUGCUUAACUAACUUAUACAUUCCCAUCAUUUAUCAAUGAUAUUUUUAUUAUAAAGAAAUAAUCAUAGAAGCUUAGGAUUUAAAAAAAAGGACAAAUCUUGAUAUUUCUUUGGGAUGUCAGAGACAUAAAAACUAAAUUAAGGGCUGAUUUGAUUGAAGUGUAUUGUUACUGUUUAUCCGCGGUGAAAGCAACCGGCGACUGAGCCAGUGAAACUGGGUGUUUGUUGACUUGGUAUUCCCCUCUAUCCCCACUGCGUGAUUUCCCAGCAGACUUCAAUGGAAAACCAAACGUUGAUUUUUUUUUUUUUUUUUUUUUUUUUACUCAGACCUGUGAAACAUCAUCCUUCAUUGCACCUAGUUAGGUCGUUCUUCUUUUGUGGUCAAUAAUUCCAGUUAAAGGCAGGAAUAUUAAACAAAAACAAUAACUAAAUGUUUGCAUUUGGGUGGCCCUUAUGUUGUUUGUAAUUCCAAAUAAAAACAUGCAUGUAGGCAUGCAUGUGUAUUUUCCAUCCUACAUAAAUGAUGUCAAGGUCAUGUCAUAUCUCCCUGCAUUAUUUUUAGAAAAAGCUCGAAGAAAUAAGAGACUAACGGAUAAUAUUUUUUAAACAUUACUAUGACCCAAAUGGUAUUUAAUUUUGUUUCAUGAACAAAGUCCGCGAUGAUCCAAAACAAAACAAUAUCCUAUUUAUUGUUCAUUCUUCAUGCUAAUAAUAAAAUAAUAAUAGAUUAAUAAGGGCCAAUACUGAUAGGAAGCCGCAUACAGCUACACUGGUGUAAAUGACUAACAGCUUUCAUUCUUCUGCAUGCACUGCUGGGAAAGUGUCUCCUGUUUUCACUGGUGUUGUGAUUUUCAAUUAAGCUUCAAUAAAACAGUAGUGCAGGGCGACGGACUAUUGCAUGCCAAUUUGUUUCAGCCGCUCAGCAGGCCUUUUUAGAAAAGUGUCCUCUUUUCAUGAGAGCUGUUAUAAAAGUCUCAGUUCAGUUUCUUGCGGGUGGACAGGACGAGUUUCUGCAAUCUAGCAUUUAUUGAAGUUUUACAUAAGAGCUGCUCGAAACUGAUUUAUUGCUCCUUGCCCUCAUUUCAUCUCUGACGAAACUAAAAGCAGUAACAUAGUGACUGAUGGUCGCACACAGCAGCGCAUGUACAUGUACGCAAGAUACCGGAAGAGGGCGCGACAACACAAAUGAUGUUGCAGAUGGCAAAGAGUGACUGCACAAUUCAAACCAGUAGGCUAUUGUUUUCUUAAAUUAAAAAAAAAAAAAAAAAUUAAAGUUAUUAAAAACCAUUUCUGCUUUUCCACUGUGUGUUUUUUCUAGCAGGGUUAAACAGGCAAUAGUAAAAAAAAAAAAAAAGAAAAAAGGUAAACACUGCGAUUAUAUUCAUGUCACAUUUACACUUUUUUUUAACCGAUGCAUUAAUGAAACUACAGUAUAUUUCUGACACUGUUCAAAAGGAGCUCAUUCAUCUCUAACAUUUUACAGUAGGUGUCACAUGUUUUGUGCACAAACAUCUGCAAAGGAACACAAAGUGCUUUCAUAGAUUAAAACUGAAAAAUAAAACUGAUAUAAUGUUUUUUGUUACAAUCCAAGAAACUGCAAUAGAAAAGAAGAUGUAGUCUGACUAAUCUUAAUUUGGGUGUCAGUAUUAACAACUGUCUCGUUUUCCUGGCUGCAAAAUGUGAAUCUCCACGUAAUCACCAACUCUUGGCCAUACAGUUCACAAAUAUUCCCUGCUUUGCUUAAUGUCAGAUGAUGUUAAAUUUAAAAGUACAUGUAAUGCACUUUCU